GACCAGCAUUCUCCAACCCACUCUACCCUGGGCCUUCCUUAUUAGUUCUAUCCAAUUUUUGGUCAUUUUUCUCAUGUCUGUCUCCAUUUCUCGAUGUAAUUUGUUCGAUCUUCCUCUUUUCCUUUGGCUUUGAGGAUUCCAUGUGAGGGCCUGCCUUCUAACACAGUUCGGUGCUUUACUCAAUGUGUGUCCUAUCCACUUCCUGAUUUCUUCCUCCUCUGGGAUCAGGUUUGUUCUCUUUCAUAGUAGGUUGUUGCUGAUAGUGUCUGGCCAACGGAUCCCAAGUAUUUAGCAUAGACAGCUGUUAAUAAACACUUGUAUCUCCUGGAUGAUGGCUUUCGUAUUUCUCCAGGUUUCCCCCCAUACAAUAAAACUUUUAGGUCAUGGGGUUAGCGAACCCAUCCCGUAGAAAAAUAACUCACUAAAAGACAGUAACCAGAAAAAAUUAUUCAAACCAUUUAAACUCUGUCCUGGGAGUCAGAAGGUCUUUAUUUAGAAGAGUUAUGACAACUCAUGGUGAAAGACGAGUUCCUUCGGAAGCCACGAAGCUGAUACAAAUGUAUAUUUUGCAAUAUUUCCCUAAUUAAUAUCAAUUUAUAAUAGAAAUCUUUUUUUAUAUUUUCAGAUAACAUAUAUGAUCUUAUAUUUGAUCGAUAUUUUCUUGAACAAUAAUGCCUAAUUUCUAUGAUCGUCUUUCAUUCUCUGAAUAUAUUUACAGAAUCAAAUUAAAAAAUGUAUUAAACAAUAAAAUCUAUCAAGAGAAUAACAAUUUCAUAGAAGGUUUAUCAUUUAAUUCAUUCAUAUCAUAUUCACAAUUUUAUAAUUUUGAUUCAAUUACAUAUUCAUUGGAUCACGAAAAUGAUAUGAAUAAAAAUUAUGAUCAUUGUAGUAAACGUGUUAUAAUAAACACUGAUACUUUAAAAUGUAUCAAUCAAUGUUUAUUAAUAACUGAUCAAAGUAAAUAUCAAUUAAUUUCUGGUAUCAAAUAUAGAGUUUAUUGGUAUCAACUUGCUAAAAGUCAAGAAUUUCUUAACUGCUUAAUAAAAAUAAUACCCACUGGUUAUGGUGAUCCAUAUUUUCAAGAAAUUGCUAUGAUUGUAUUAGCAAACAUAUGUAUACUUGCUGGAUAUAAAACUAAAUAUUCAAAAUUCGAUGAUUGUCAAUCUGCCUUACAAAAUUUGAUUCAUAUCACUGCUGGACCACUUGUCAUCUUUUCAAGUUCAUCUAAUCUAGGCCAAAUUACAAUUUGGUCAACUCAAGCUUUAACUGGACUAUUGAAAGCAACAUUUACUUAUUAUCCAAAUUUAUGCGUCAACUAUGAACAAAAUGUUUGGAUGGAAAGAUUGUUGUUGUUUUCUCAUGUAAUUCAUGUUCUUCAUAGAUUACUACCUAAGGUCUUCCUAGUUGAAUCAUCUAAUUUCGGCACAUAUGAAUUAUUGAAACAGUUAAGCAAACACAUUACCGAUGCUGACGACUCUUUCAAUUGGGACAUUAUAUCAUCACACUUGAAUCUUUUAACAAUGAUUCUAAUGAGAUUGCCAUCAGUACAAGUGCUGUUAUCCUCAACAACAACAUCAUCAUCGGAUGGUAAAAUUAGAAUACAAGAAAUGGAUAAAUUUCUUGCUAUAAUACAAUAUGGAUUCAUGAAUUUAUGUUUGGCUAUCGGGAAAAUUUGGUUGUGUCCUGCAUGCACAAAGAAUUUAAUAGAUCAAAGUGUUUUGGAUUUUCUCAAUCAAGAUCAACAAAUUAAUGACCAGUUUUUUAAAACAAAAUACUGUGUACCCAAUUAUUCUUAUGAUUCUUAUAAUUUAUUAUUAUUUCUUUAUGAAUUAUUAAAACUAUUAUUUAAUUUAAUAAAAAUUUCUUAUUUAAAAAUUUAUUUUAUUAAAAUUCGUUUGAAUCUUAUUCAGUGUUUAUUAUAUUUAGGCAAAUGUUUAUAUUAUUGUUCUAAUUUAGAAUAUCCAUCAAAAAUAUCACAAUGUAUAUUUUAUAUAAUACGUAUUAUUGGUUGUAUAUGUUAUGAUCAUCAUGAUCGUGAUCAUGAUGGAAUUGAGAUCAGAUCAUCUUUAAUCAAUCCUAUAAUAUUAUCUAAUCAAUUAUUAAAUAAUUUUCUAUUACUUAUUAAUUGGUAUUAUCAAUUUAGAUGUUCAUGGUCUAUAUGUGGUAUUGAAUUAUGUUGGUCUUUAACUAAUUUUAUUCAAUGUUUCAAUAUAUCACUAUUUCAACGACAAUCGAAUCAAAUAUUGGAUAAUUUUAUUGAUUGUUUCAUAUUUAAAUUAUUUACUUUAGAAUUAGGUAAUAAAGAAGUAAUGCGUUUAUUAUAUAUUAGUAUGAGUAUUAUGAAUAAUAAUAAUAAAAAUAAUAAUAAUAUACGUGAUAAUGAUCGAGAUUAUUUAUAUUGGAUCAGGAUAUUAAACUGUUUAGAUGAUCAUUUAAAAACUCAACUGACUUAUUGGAAAUAUUUAAAACAAAAUUUACCAAUGUGUUAUAUUGAAACAUUUAUAUGUUUGUUUAAAUUCUUAUCAAUUCUCAACAUGAAUGAUGAUGAUAAUAAUAAUAAUAAAGUAUUACAAGAAUAUAUUGAGAAUAAUUGUCCUAUAUUAUAUAAACUAUAUACUAUAUGUAAUCAAACAUUAACAAUAAUGUCAUCAUUAUUAUUAUUAUCAUCUUCAAUAUCAUUGGAAACAUUGACAAUGGAAGAAACUAGAGAAAUUUUAUAUUCUAUGAAUUCUAACACAGAUAUUAUUUCAUGUAUAAUAUCAGUUCUUGAAUGUAUAUGAUUGUUUUUUUUUAAACAAUAGUUAAUUUUGUGUGUAAACAUAAAUGUAUACAAGGAUGUAGAGAAUUUUUAUUUAUUUGAACACAUAAAUAUUGGUAAAAGGUCGGUACCAGAUAUAUUAUGCGUUACAUAAUAAUAAUGAGAAUGGGAAAUGAUAAAGAAUGUAAGAAGCGUGUAAAAAGGAAAAAAAAGAAAAGUAACGACUACAAAUCAGUGUCAGUCAGUCAGUUACAACGUAGGACCAGGCACAUA